GUAAAACUAUUUAUUAAAGUUGUGGUACCAAAUUAAUCAUAAUCUAGACAAACUUUCAGGUUUCAGUUCUGCAAGAAUUGCACAAAAAUAUAUACCUUAUAUCAGGUAAAUAAAUGUAGGAUGGCAGCAGUAGCAGCAAUGGCAGGUGUUGGGGCGUUUGCGGGCUUGGGCGCAGUAGCUGCAACGCCUUUGGUCCUAGGUGCUGUCGGGUUCACCGCCGCAGGCGUUGCAGCUGGAUCUCUGGCAGCCUCGAUGCAAGGCUCAGCAGUGGUUAGUGGGAGUUUGUUUGCGGUUGCGCAAUCAGCAGGGGCUGCAGGACUAUCGGCUACCACACAAUAUGGAAUGGUGACUAUCGGCUCUCUCCUCGGUGCUUUGAUUGUCUGAGAAGAAUGACGUCAAUUUUGAAAAAAAAACAAUUGGUGGAAAACUACAAAAACAAUUAUAGUGAUGACUGAUUGACUACUGACGACAAUUAAUUUACGUGUA